AUGGAUGCUAGUCGUGUCACGAAACACGAGGAAUUAAAUAUAACGACGCCCAAGCCCUCGUUACCACCCGGCAUGGUGAUUGGUCCGGACGGAAAACCCUGCAAAAUAUGUACGGCGUUCCGUAACUGGAGGCCCCCCACUUCGGGCACUGCCAGUUCGAGCAAGAAGUCCACCGCAGGAAUGAUGGCUGCCUUUGCGUCUGGAACGGGCUUCCGAUCUCCCGAAUCUAAGCCAGAAAAUGCAGUACUACCCCCACACUGUCCGCCGGAUGUCGAAGCCCUUGGACGUGCCACGUGGUCAUUUUUGCAUGCGACUGCGGCAUACUACCCAGCACGGCCCACUACCCACCAGCGUGCAAAUAUGCUAAAUCUCAUUCACGCGCUACCCGUCCUAUAUCCAUGCACACACUGCGCGGCGGACUUUGACGACAAAAUCAAGGAGCAUCCCCCAGACGUGAGCAGUCGCGAGAGGUUGAGCAAGUGGUUCUGUGAGCGUCAUAAUGAGGUGAACGAGAAGCUGGGCAAGGAAAUGUUUGAUUGUGCAAAGGUUGAUGAGAGAUGGAAGGAUGGUCCACCCGACGGCAGCUGCGACUAG